AUGACAGAGCAGAUCCGCACUCCCAUUACCGAUCUUUUCAAGAUCAAGCACCCGAUCCUCCUCGCCGGCAUGAACGUCGCCGCUGGCCCCAGGCUGGCCGCUGCUGUUACUAACGCCGGCGGUCUCGGUGUCAUCGGUGGUGUCGGCUACACACCCGACAUGCUGAAGGAGCAGAUUGCGGAGCUCAAGGAGUACCUCGACGACAAGAACGCUCCCUUCGGUGUCGACCUGCUCCUCCCCCAGGUCGGCGGCAGCGCCCGCAAGACCAACUACGAUUACACCAAGGGCAAGCUCAAUGAGCUCGUUGACAUCAUCAUUGAGUCUGGCGCUAAGCUCUUCGUCUCCGCCGUCGGUGUCCCCCCCAAGCAGGUUGUCGACAAACUGCACUCUGCCGGCAUCGUCUACAUGAACAUGAUUGGUCACCCCAAGCACGUUCAGAAGUGCCUUGACCUCGGCGUCGACAUCAUUUGCGCCCAGGGUGGUGAGGGUGGUGGUCACACCGGUGACGUUCCCACCACUGUCCUCAUCCCCGCCGUUGUCGACCUUUGCAAGAACCACCGAAGCCCUCUCCUCAAGGGUCCUGUCCAGGUUAUCGCCGCCGGCGGUAUCCACAACGGUCAGCUCCUGGCUGCUUCCCUGAUGAUGGGCGCUGGCGCUGUCUGGGUUGGUACCCGCUUCAUUCUCACCGACGAGGCCGGCGCCCCUGAGGCGCACAAGGAGGCUGUCCGCACCGCCGGCCACGACGACAACAUCAAGACCCUCAUUUUCACCGGUCGUCCUCUGCGCGUCCGCAAGAACCCCUACAUCGAGAACUGGGAGACUGAGCGCCAGCAGGAGAUCAAGGAGCUCACUGCCAAGGGUGUUAUCCCCUACGAGGCUGACCUUGAGAAGCUCAUGAACUCUGGUGACAGCGAGGGCGGCAGCAGUGGUGACGACAAUAACGCCUCCGAGGUUGACAUCGACGACGCGCUCGACCAGUUCCGCCCCUUCCUUAUGGGCAAGGCCGCCGCUGUCUGCAAUGAGAAGAAGCCCGCGAAGGCCGUCGUCGAUGAGUUUGUCAACGACGCCGUUGCAUGGCUUCAGAAGGGCAACAAGAUGAUCGCCAAGCUGUAA